AUUACUAUAAACAUGCACAAGCCAUAAUCAUGAAGCCAGAGUGAAGCCAAGUAUGCCUCUGAGCAUGUGCGGUGCGCACACUACAAUUUACUUGCACACCUGUCUUCCAGUGCUGCAGGCAGUUGCUUCCCUUUGACCUCCCCUUUUUAGAAGUGUAGUAGGUAUCUUGCAGAUCUCUCUCUUGCUAGGCUCAUUUUUAUUUCCGUGAUCCGCUCCUGGGAUGGGAAGGAGGCAGCAAACUGAAGACUCUCUCCCUGUUUAAACAUUAAACUUCCGUGAAUUCUUCAAGAAGGCGGGGUCUGCUCUCCAGUUUAAGCUGCCACUUCAUUCUGGACCUUGUCCCUAGAACGCUGAACCAGCCAUGAAGCAGAAGCAAGGACUUCCAGACACCACAGAGUUAACCCUGAAAUUUGAAUUUAACCCCAAAGAUGGGAUCGACAACCCAGUCCUGUCACUGGCGGAGGACUCUGGGCCAGAGGGGUUGUCACAGCUGCGCUUCUGCUUUCUGAAGAAAGAAGAUGAGGAGAGCUUUGGUUUCUGGCUGCGUCAAGAGGUGGGCAACAGCGGGCAUCUCAUACGGCAAGUGAAGCCAGGGAGCCUGGCCCACCGCAAAGGGCUGAGGGAAGGCGACCGGAUUCUUGAGGUGAACGGCGUGUACGUUGAUGACAUGGAGCAUUUUAGGGUGGUGUGGAAGAUCCAGAGCAGCGGCAAGCAGGUCUCCCUGACUGUUUUGGACGGGAAUGCCUACAGCCUGGCCAAAGCCCUGGAUCGGAACCCGGCCCAGUUCUUGCCCCCUUACAACAGGCCACGGCUGUGCUGUGUGGCCAAGGAUCAAAACGGUUUCGGCUUCAGUGUUUCGGCACCAGAAGGUGUGAAAGGCACCUUCCGAAUGUCUGUGCUAAGAAACGGGCCAGCCGAUAAAGCAGGAGUGCCGGAUGGUUCGUGGCUUCUGGAGCUCAAUGGAAUGAGUGUGAAGAACUGGACAUAUGCUGGGCUUAAUAAAAAGCUCAAACAAAGCAGCAGCCCCUUGGGCCUCCUGGUCAUAGAAGCAGAGUCAGAGGACUUCUACCAACAGCGCAACAUCAAAAUCACGGCAGCCCUGGCCGACACCUCCUGGCUUCCCUUUGAAGUGCGGAAGCUGCCGAUGGUGAGAGGGCCCAGUGGCUAUGGGUUUCUGCUGAAAGAAGAACGAUGCAGCUCAGGAAAGAAGGGGCAGUUUCUGAGGGAGGUGGAUGCUGGGCUGCCAGCUGAGAAAGCAGGCAUGAGGGAUGGCGAUCGCCUCCUGGGCGUGAAUGGAGAGAGCACUGAAGAUCUGGACCACCAUGGAACAGUAUCUAAAAUCCGUGCGGACAGGAAGCAGGUGACACUGCUGGUCAUAGAUGCAGAAGGGAGCAAGUUCUAUGAUUUGGUUGGAUUGUCACCUCUCGUUUUCUACGAUGACCAAGAUGCUCUGACCGGAUCGACUGCCACCUGUACUUCCUCUUCUUCUAGCACGCUUCAGGAAAAUAGCACCUCCACCUUCAUUCCUUGUCAUCUCGAUAUGGACCACCACCAGAACGCCCGGCCAUCCAGAGAUGGCUCAUGGGACUUCUCCAAAGAGGUGACGAUGUCCUCUGUGGAAGUCUAGGGGGAAUGUCCAGUGACCUCCCUUCACACUCUUUUCAUUGGAGCAAGAUGGACUGAGCCAGCCCUUCUAGGGCCUGCCAGAUCAUCGUCUUCAUCGCUGCAAGCACCAUCGAGUCCCAGCCCUGGAAAAGUUCCUGUUUGUGGUAGACAUAAGUGACAUUUGCACUGACGCUGCCAACUUUGCACUUUGAUUUUUCCCUGCCCUGACUUUCCCUGUCCCUCUGCUGCCUCAUCGAUGGCUCCUUCUUUACACUCCAAAAAACUUCAUGUGGAUUCUUACAAUGGGUCCCUGGAUUGAAGUUCCCCGGGGAGAAGGAGCAGAGAUUUGUUCAGAGCAGGAACCAACAGGACUCCUUGGAGGUCCAUGACAGCUAAUGGGAAACCACCCUCUUGGCUGUGACUAAACUGCAAAGGAAGUUCCCAUUUUGCAGCCCAAUGAUGAACUCUCUCUCCUCCCAUCAAGUUUUAGUGAAAAUAGUUCCACACACACACACCCUCCUCACCAGGAAUAACUAAUGCCUGCUAUUCAAAACACGGAUUAAGAGCUGUCAGUGCUGUUGGAUGCAGAAGUUCUUCUCCCUAAUCUAAGUUAUGCAAGAGAAGUUUUUUGCUUACUGAAGGAAAGGCACUCUGCACAUGCUUAGAGGCACACCCUUUUUAUUGCUUUAUGUAGUCCCGAGGCUGAGUGCAGUUUAAGUGGUGAUACUAAACCAUGUGGAUGAUAUGGGGGACUUGGCGUCAUGCUCUGGAGAAUGGCCCAUCAGAUCUCCAGUGGGUUGAGUCCGAACUCCUUGAGCCGGUCCUUAUACUCCAUAUGGAGGGUUGUGGCCUCCUUCUCCCAGCCCAGUUUGGCAGUCUGCAGUUUGGACAGCACAAGGUCCAGGCUGCCCUGAGGAGAGGAAGAGCAACAGGCAGUAAGAGGGAGGCUAAGACGAGGGGUCUAUGAAUUCCGGGACUGCCUGGUAGGAAUGCAGCAGAAUGGAGCUGGUGCAGAAUGGCUGUUGCCCAGUCACUUGGCUGAAUCUGCAAGGAUGUCUGUUGCAAAGGCCUUUCGAUGGUCAAACAAUGAAUGUUCAAAUGCUAAAGGCCAGCUUUCAAGUUACACGGGACAUUUUUUCCCCCCCAGGCACAUGCACUGAAAGCAAAAACCCUUUUGCAGGGCUUUUUUUCUGGGAAAAAAAGUGGUGGAACUCCGUGGGUUGCCAGCACAGGGGCAAAUCCUGGUGGGAGGUGGUGCUCCUGGUACCACAUGUGCACGUGCAAAGUGCGCGCAUGCUUCUGGGACCUCGCAAUGACGUCACUUUGGGUCAGCUGGAACAAGGGGGGAGUUUUUUAAAGUUGAAAUCGUCCUCAGCAAAAAUGGUCACAUGGCUGCUGGCC